GGAAGGCAGAAAGUAGGUCAGGGACGGAGGUGCCUGUUUACCCGCGCCGGACUCACCGCCGCCGCCGCCGCGGGAUCCGAGUGGGGGCGCGGACGCGGGCGCUCCCGCGAGCCACGGUGGUGCUGGCUAGAGUGCACACUUUUGGACCCAAACUUAAAUUUUCAAAUGUGGAAUCCUAGGACUUCACUGGCCAUGUGGUCUCUGUCACAGCGACUCAGCCCUGCUGUUGGAGCAUGAAAGCUGCCGCAGCUAAUCUGUGAAUGAAUGGGCGUGGCUGGGUCCCCGGAAAGCUUUACUUACAGGAACAAGUGGUUUCUGGAAGAAGUUGACUGCCUGAAAGGAAACGACAAAACAUGAAAAUCGCUUUGAGGUGACCCAUAAGUCCAGUGGCCCCUUGCUCCUCCCAAGGUGGAUCUGAGCUUUAAGAACUGUAAUUUCAGAUGAAGAAACUUGAGCCCAGAGAGAGGGAGUGACAGCCCCAGCCACGUGGUGUGGAGCUGGGACCCCGUCUGUGGGCAGUGCGUGGCCCUCUUCAACUUGGUUUGGAGUCGGAGUCCCUUGCAAGUCCCAGACCUCCAAUGGCCGACCAGAGAAUGGACAUUUCUUCAACAAUCAGUGACUUCAUGUCCCCGGGCCCCACCGACCUGCUCUCCAGCCCCCUCGGCACAGGCAGCAUGGAUUGCAACCGCAAGCGGAAAGGCAGCUCUACCGACUACCAACUUGAUGACUUUUCUUUUGAAGAAAGCAUGGACACAGACAAAGACGACCCUCACGGAAGGUUAGAAUACACAGAGCACCAAGGAAGGAUCAAAAAUGCAAGGGAAGCUCACAGUCAGAUUGAAAAGAGGCGUCGGGAUAAAAUGAACAGCUUCAUUGAUGAAUUGGCUUCUUUGGUGCCCACGUGCAAUGCCAUGUCCAGGAAAUUAGAUAAACUUACUGUGCUGAGGAUGGCCGUUCAGCACAUGAAAACAUUACGAGGUGCCACCAACCCAUACACAGAAGCAAACUACAAACCAACUUUUCUGUCAGAUGAUGAAUUGAAACACCUCAUUCUCAGGGCAGCAGAUGGAUUUUUGUUUGUCGUAGGAUGUGACCGAGGGAAGAUCCUCUUUGUCUCCGAGUCUGUCUUCAAGAUCCUCAACUACAGUCAGAAUGAUCUGAUCGGUCAGAGUUUGUUUGACUACCUGCACCCUAAAGACAUCGCCAAAGUGAAGGAACAGCUCUCGUCCUCAGACACGGCGCCCCGGGAGCGGCUCAUAGAUGCAAAAACUGGACUUCCAGUUAAAACAGAUAUAACCCCUGGGCCAUCUCGAUUAUGUUCUGGAGCACGACGUUCUUUCUUCUGUAGGAUGAAGUGUAACAGGCCUUCAGUAAAGGUGGAAGACAAGGAUUUCCCCUCUACCUGCUCAAAGAAAAAAGCAGAUCGAAAGAGCUUCUGCACCAUCCACAGCACAGGGUACCUGAAGAGCUGGCCGCCCACAAAGAUGGGGCUGGACGAGGACAGCGAACCGGACAACGAGGGCUGUAACCUCAGCUGUCUCGUCGCCAUCGGACGCCUGCAUUCGCACGUGGUUCCGCAGCCGGUGAACGGGGAAAUCAGGGUGAAGUCUAUGGAGUAUGUGUCUCGGCACGCGAUAGACGGGAAGUUUGUUUUUGUAGACCAGAGGGCAACAGCUAUUUUGGCAUAUUUACCACAAGAACUUCUAGGCACAUCAUGUUAUGAAUAUUUUCACCAAGAUGACAUAGGACAUCUCGCAGAAUGUCAUAGGCAAGUUUUACAGACGAGAGAAAAGAUUACGACUAACUGCUAUAAGUUUAAAAUCAAAGAUGGUUCUUUCAUCACGCUGCGGAGUCGAUGGUUCAGUUUCAUGAACCCUUGGACCAAGGAAGUCGAAUACAUUGUCUCAACCAACACUGUUGUUUUAGCCAACGUCCUGGAAGGCGGGGACCCAGCCUUCCCGCAGCUCACAGCGUCCCCCCACAGCAUGGACAGCAUGCUGCCCUCUGGAGAAGGUGGCCCAAAGAGGACCCACCCCACUGUUCCAGGGAUUCCAGGGGGAACCAGGGCUGGGGCAGGCAAAAUAGGUCGAAUGAUUGCUGAAGAAAUCAUGGAGAUCCACAGAAUAAGAGGGUCCUCACCUUCCAGUUGUGGCUCCAGCCCAUUAAACAUCACAAGUACACCUCCCCCUGAUGCCUCUUCUCCAGGAGGCAAGAAGAUUUUAAAUGGAGGGACUCCAGACAUUCCUUCCAGUGGCCUACUGCCCGGGCAGGCUCAGGAAAACCCGGGUUAUCCAUAUUCUGAUAGCUCCUCUAUUCUUGGCGAGAAUCCUCACAUAGGCAUAGACAUGAUAGAAAACGACCAAGGCUCAAGUAGCCCCAGUAAUGACGAAGCAGCGAUGGCUGUCAUAAUGAGUCUCUUGGAAGCAGAUGCUGGGCUGGGUGGUCCUGUCGACUUCAGCGACUUGCCAUGGCCGCUGUAAACACUACAUGUUGCUUUGGCAACAGCUACAGUAUCAAAGUGCAUUACUGGUGGAGUUUUACAGUCUGUGAAGCUUACUGGAUAAAGAGAGAACAGCUUUUAUGUACUGUCUUCAUAAGAGCCAUCUCAGAGCCAUUGAUACAAGUCAAUCUUAUUAUGUGUAACUUCAGACAAAGUGGAACUAAGCCUGCUCCAGUGUGUCUUCAUCAUCGAUUAUUGGGCUAGCUGUGGAUAGCUUGCAUUAAUUGUAUAUUUUGAAUUCUGUUUGUGUUGAAUUUUUUAAUCAUCGUGCACAGAAGCAUCAUUGGUAGCUUUUAUAUGCAAAUCGUCAUUUCAGAUGUAUGGUGUUUUUACACUACAAAGAAGUCCCCCAUGUGGAUAUUUCUUAUACUAAUUGUAUCAUAAAGCCGUUUAUUCUUCCUUGUAAGAAUCCUUUACUAUAAAUAUGGGUUAAAGUAUAAUGUAUUAGACAGUUAAAUAUUUUUAAUAAAUGUUUCCCUUGUUCUAUAAA